AUGGCCAAUGGAGAAGGAGAGAGAGAGGAUGGGCAACAUAAUAAUAACCUUCCUGAUAAGGGAUCAGUGGAACAAAUGUUUGAACGGAUGGAAGUGCCCAAAUGGACAGAACAACUCACACCAAGGUCAUUUGUUGUUAGCCUAGGACCUUUGGCCUUCGUUAUGCUUAAGUUCUUGACCACAAUCAUGGACCAUAUGGCCAUCUUGAAGGUUCCCUUCACACGCCAAGAAAACGCUGUUGUUCAUGCAUGUCUCCUUGCAUGCACAAGUAUUACCUUGAAUGGGGGUUUUGGGACUUAUUAUCUAGCAAUGAAUCCAUACAUGGGAGUCAAUUUUAAUAAUCCAGCUGACUCAAAGCAACUUGAUCCAAAAUGGCUCAUUUUGUUCCACUUCAUGACUAGCUUCAUUGGCAUCUUCACUGUUGUUCCUUUAUCUAAAGUGUUGUUGAUUCGACACAAACUCAAAUACCCAACAGGAAUGACCAUGGCUAAUAUCAUCAACAGUUUCCAUGCUAAAAAUGUAACCCUAAUGGGAAGGAAACAGAAAAUGGCGCUAUUAAAAGCGUUUAUAGCUGCCAUAUCUUGGCGUGAACUUAACUGGCUCUUCAGUGCCAGUGCAAUGUGUGGCAUCGCAUCCAUGCCUGUAUUGGGUUUCAAUGCACUUUUCCUUGGGUUUCAUUUCAACUUUAACACAGCAGCAAUGGCAGUGGGAAUGUUGAACGAGUUAUCAGUAACUAUACCAAUGUUGUUGGGGGCUAUCUUUUCAUGGGGAUGGUUUUGGCCUUAUAUUGUUUCAAAGGAAGGGGAUUGGUACAAAGCAGGGCAGCCCUUCAUUUCCAUGACUGGCCAAAGUGGCUAUGUUGUCUCUGUAACCAUUGCCAUUGCAUUGGGUGAUGGCAUUUUCCAUAUGGGCAUUGUUGUUAUCCAAGUUUGUUAUGAGUUCUACAUUCGUCAUAAACAAAAGCACUUGAUUCUCCCCUUCAGUUUAUGGUCCGGUCCGGAGAUCCCUAGCAUGAGUUACGAUGAUCGCCGUCGUACUAAUCUCUUUGUCCAAGAUCGAAUCCCCAUUCAGGUGGCAUUGGGAGGUUAUGUGCUGUUUGCAACCAUCUCUGCCAUUGUCAUCCCUGUGUUAUUCCCUUCAUUACACAGCUUCCAAAUUGCAGCGGCUUACAUUCUAGCUCCACUCCUCUCCUUCUCCAAUGCAUUUUGCACCGGUCUCACUGAUUGGACUUUGGCCUCGGCCUUCACUAAGUUCACAAUCUUCUUUUUCGGUGCAUGGACAAGCAGUGAUAAACCCGGAAGCGUGAUCGCCUCCCUCGCCGCUUCCGGCAUAGUUACUGCAGUUGUCAACACUGCGUCCGACCUAAUGACUGACUUCCAAACCGGUUAUAUGACAAUGACAUCACCUCGAUCAAUGUUUGUUGCCCAAAUCAUCGGCACGGCAAUGGGAUGCAUAAUGGCACCAAUUUGCUACAUGUUUUUUGCACCAUAUUCCCCCGGACUUCUUUCAGGUGAAUCAUUAUACCCAGCCGGCUAUGCAUCGACGUACCGAGUAAUGGCUGAAUCAAGCAUCAAAGGCUUUGACUUCCUCCCUAAAAACUCAGUGGCUUUAGCAACAUGUUUCUUUUUUGGCACAAUUGCAGUGAACUCAUUAAGAGAAGUUGCCAAAGGUAUGAAAUGGGGCAUCUAUAGAUUCAUUCCAAGUUUAAUGCCCAUGGCAAUAAGUUUCUAUGGUGGUCCAUCAUUUUCAUUUGACAUGGUGUUGGGGAGCAUUAUUGCAUGCAUGUGGAAGAGAUGUAGCAAAAGCCAUGCAAAGUUGUUUGUGGGAGUUGUGGCAUCUGGUUUUAUUGCAGGAGAUGCUUUCUCACAGCUGCUGGAUUCAAUUUUGUACAGGUUUCGUUUGACAGCUCCUUACUGCAUGAGGUUCUUGACUAGAGCAGAUGCUGCUUCGGUGGCUGCUUUCUUGGCUGCAGUGCCUUAA